AUGAUUUUUCAAUAACUAAAAAUUACUUUACCUCCUAUUGGUGCUCAAGAAAUAGAGAAAUCAAUAUAGAAAAGAAUGGGAGAUUGUUUAGAGACAUAAUUAGGAUUUGAAUACGAGCCUUUUACGUUUCAAUAUUUAGAAUUACACCCCGAUUUGGUUACUAUUAAAAAUCAAGUAUACAAACUUAUAGUUAUAUAUGCAGAAAAUUGAACAUCAUCCCAUUGAGGAUUAAUAACAUGUAUAAACUGCAUUGGGAUGCUUUAGUAAAGAAAAUAAGAUACGCUUAUUCUUAAGUGAAAACAUCCAUGUUUUGCAACGAUUAGUGAUUAUUAUGGUGAUAGUAAAUACUAUAGCAUUCUGUUUAUAUGACUAUUAAAUUAGAGAUAGUGUGAAUAAUUUAAGCAACAGAAACAUAGCAUCAAUAAUUAUCGAAACAAUAUGUAAUGUUUUUUUUGGGAUUGAGAUUAUAAUUCAGUGCAUUUGUUAUGGAGCAAUUUUAGGUAAAGGAACAUAUUUAAGAAAUAUUUGGAGUUGUCUAAACUUUCUAACUUUUGUUUGUACAUGGUCAAUUUACUUUGAUUAGUCAAAUACUUUCAUUUAAUUGUUAAGAGUUAUUCGUUUAUUAAGAUUGGUGAGACUUUUACAAGAAAUACAUUACUUAAGAGAACAAGUAGAAACCUUUUUUUCAUGUUUUUUAACCAUUCAUACAAUAAUAAUUCCUUUAGUUAUUGUGAUUUUUGGAUUUUCCGUUAUAGGACUGCAUUUAUUAAGAGGAGUUACGGGGCAUAGAUGUGCAAAAGAUGGAAUUAUUGAUCUAAAUAUUAGAAAUCUGUGUGGAGAAUGGGAAUGUCCAGAUGGGUAUAUAUGUUUUAAUAUUAAGUUAUGAAUGCAUUAAUCAUUAUAAUUCUGAAGAUUUAAAUUAUUUAGACUUUUAUUAUGGAUACUACAAUUUUGAUACGAUAUAUGAUUCAUUUUUAAGUGGAUUCAUGUUUUUUAAUGCUACAGGCUGGUCACCAACUACUUUUUAUUUUUGGAAAGCUGUGACUCCUCCUGCUACAGCAAUUUAUUUCAUAUUUAUGCUAUUUAUUUUGUAUUUCAAUCAUUUUAUAAUAGACAUUAUACUUUAUCUGAUUUAUUGUUGGCUUCUUUAUAUGAGUCAUUUUUAGUUAGUAGUGCAAUCAAAAAUAGUAUCAAAUCAAAUAAAUCUGAACUUUUUACUCAAAGAAGAAGAACAAUAACAUUAGUUAAUAGUUAAAACAAAGCUUAGAUCAACUUUCAAAAAUUGCAUAUGAUUACUUAAAUUUCAUCUUAAAAUAGAGUGAAUCUUGUGACACCUGCAGAGAUCUUACGGGAUGAGACUAUUAAAGAGAAAGAUUAAUCAUGGAUUAUUACAAGAAUCAAGUAGUUUGAUCAGAUUUUUAUUAUUGCAUCAACAAUUAUAUUGUGUUUGGACCAAAUUGAUAAGAAGUAUAAUCCUAAAGAAUAUUAUGCAGACAUGGUAAUGAACUUUUUGUUAAUAAUUUUAACUCUUUUAAAAUUAAUAUUUUUUUAAAGAUCAAGGAGAAAAUUUUCUAUAAUAGUAGAUGUACUCCUAUCACUUGCUUUAAUAAUUGUAAUUAUAUUAGAAUUUUUUAAUUUUUAAAGUAACGUGUUUAUUAUAGUUAAAGCCUUCAAAGCUUUUAGAUUAAUUAAAUUAAUUUAUAAAUUAGAAUAUUUUGGAGUUAUUAGAUUGUUGCUUAGAUGUCUAAUAGAAACUAUAGUUAAAAUUAGACAUCUAAUCAUUUUAUGGGUUAUUUUUGCAUUCUUAAUUUCUAUUAUUGGAUAGGAAUUAUUUGCUCAUUAUGUGAAAGGAUCAAAUGAAAUUGAAGUACAUUUUAAUGGAAUUGGAAAUUCUUUAAUGGCUGUAUUUAAUAUUUUUUAUGGAGAAGAAUGGCAUGUAACAAUGUAUUAACAUGCAUUGUAUAAGCCAGUAUCAUCAUUUAUCUUUUUUUUAAUUGUAUUCUUUUUAUGUCAUACACUUUUUAUGAGGUUAUUAAGAGCUUUAUUUUUAAAUGAAUUUGGAAAGAAGUUAAAUGAAUUAGAUUAGAAAUAUCCACAAACAGACUAUUUAUAAAGAGCAUGGCAAGUUAUAAAAAGUUUUUGUGUUUAAUAAGAUUCAAACUAAUCAUAAUCAUAAAGUUAAAAUCACGAUGAUUCAAAAGCACCACUUUAAGAAACUAGUCCUAAUGGAAUUUAGAUUAAAUCUAAUGUUCCUUAAAGAAAUGUUUCAUAUUAUAGAAGAAUAGUAGAGCAUAAAAUGUUUAGAGUUUUUCUCUUGAUUAUUGUAGCAUUGAGUGCAGUUAAAAGUGCUGUGUAAAAUCCAUUAACAGAUCCUAGAAGUAAAGAAAAAGUAAUAUUUUGACUAAUUUUAGUUGAUUCUGGAUAUUAUUCAAUAUAUAACAACAGUAAUUUUUAUGAUAGAACUGAUUCUUAAUUGUAUGGCCUAUGGGAUAAUUAAAUUUGUAAAUCAAUCAUUUCUUAACAUUAUAUCAAUUAUAAAUAUCAUAGUGAAUAUAAUCUCAAUAGGAUUAGGGAAUCCUCCAUUGUUUAUUUUGACAUUAUUUGACUCUCUAAGAGUGUUAGCCUUUUUAAAAACAGGAGCUGAUUAAUACCCUAUACUAAAAUAAGCACUCCAAGCUUUAUUUAAUGCUUUUACAAAGAUGAUUUAAUUAGCUAUUUUUAGUCUUCUUAUUUUAUUAAUGUACAGUAUUAUAGGUAUGCAAUUAUUAAAUCAUGAAUUCUAUUAUUGCAGUCUCUCGGAAGAUAAUCCAAUCGAGAUGCAUCUAAUAACUAAAAUUGAUUGUUUUGACGUAGGAGGAAAUUGGGUAGAUAAACCUCUUAAUUUUGAUAGUUUGUUUUAGUCAAUAAAUAUCUUAUUUUGUGUUGCUACUUCAGAGGAAUGGACUUAAUUAAUGAUACCAGCAUGGUCAGCUGCUGGGAUUGAUCAUUAACCACAUCAUGAUACAAAUAGAUAUUGGUCAAUUUAUUAUUAACUAUUUUUCUUUAUAGGUAAUAUUUUAGUUUUGGGAAUGUUUGUUACUUUAGUUGUUGAAACUUAUAUUAAAACAAGAGAAGAAUCAUGUAUUAAUAUUUUAUAAAUAAUAGAGAAUCUUCAUUUAUUAGAUGAUAAACAAAGAGAAUGGUUUCAGAUCAAAGAAUAAAUAUUGCAUUUGAAACCAAAAAAGAAAUUUAAACCUCCAACUCAUUUAAUUUUAAAUGCCUUUUAUAAAGUAUAUUAGUUAUUAUAGAUUCCAUUUUUAAUUGUAAUCUUAAGUAACAUUAUAAUACUUAGUUUAUAUUAUGCAAGAAUGGGAUACGAAUAUGAAUAAGCUUUGAAUAAAGUCAACUAGAUUUUUAUAUUUAUUCAAUUAUUUGAAAUACUUAUAAGUACAGUAUAAAUAACAGAUUACACAUUUAAAAUUUAUGAAAUAAUUGGAAUUAUUCUAAGUGUUGUUUCUAGCUUUUUAGAUUAUCAUAUUCUUCAUGUAGUAUCAGUUGCAUUUUAAGUAACACGUAUAUACAAAUUAACAUAACAUUUCAAAACUAUUCAACAUUUGUUCCAUGCUAUUUUUGCUGUUUUACCAAAUACAGUUUCAAUGCUUUUAAUAAUGUUGGUAGUUUUAUAUUGUUACACAAUUGUUUCUUGUGAUUUAUUUGCUUAUUUACGUCCUUAAAAAUCAAUAAAUGGAUUUGAUAUGCACUUUAGAGACUUCUGGGGUGCUCUGAUGACUCUAAUUAAAGUAUCAUCUGGUGAGAAAUGGUGGGUUGUAUUACAAGAAACAACUUUAGAAUAAUCACCAGCUAUUGCUUGUAUAAAUAUUGAAUCAUAUGAUGAAUUUAAAGAAGUUGGUUUUAAUGGGUGUGGAUCAAACCUUUCUUACCUAUUUUUCACUUCAUUCAUCCUUAUAUUUUCUUUAAUGAUUUUAAAUCUCUUGGUUGCAAAUAUUAUAGGAGCAUAUGAACAAUAUCAUAAAAGUGAAUAAAGUGCUAUCUCUAAAUACUAAUUAUUAGAUGUUAUGGAAUUGUGGUCAUUAUUUGAUGAAAAUGGAGAAGGAUUUAUAAGUUAUAAACUUUUUUGGAGAUUGUCAUCUUAAAUAGCACUAAUCUUUGGUUUAGAGUAGUCAGAUUUAUUGGAUGUCAAUAAUAAGAAGAAAUUCUUAAAGGCUUUGAAGAUUCCUAUUUAUGAAUUAGUAGAUUCAAAUGUACUUUGUUAUAGAUUUCAUGAUGUGAUUGUGAGUUUGACAAGGAUUUCUGUGACCUUUAAAUAUGGAGUAGUUAAUUUAGAACCAGAAGACAAGGAAAUAUAUAAUAAAGUUUAUGGCAAUAAAUAAUAACAUGUAGAACCAAAAUUUAGAGAGACAACAUUGAAUAGUGGAGACAUGGUAAAUAGAUAUAUAUUUAUUAAUUAGGUUUCCAUAAUCUUUAUUUAGUAGAAGUUUAGAGAAUGGAAGUAGAAAUCACUUUUAAAAAAUACUAUAAUUUUGGGUGGAAUUGGAGACUAUAGAAGUUUAAUCAAAAUUAAAUCUAAAACAUUAAGUGAAAAAAUACAUGAGUAGAUGAAUAAUGAAGAUUGA